CUAUAGACAUGUUGACUGGCUGCAUUAACUUUCCUCUAAGUUUUUGUCAGUUAACUCGAUCAAAAGAUGAACUUAUUCAGAAGGUGUUUCCAGAUGUUUCUCAAAAUUACAGAAACCAUGAUUGGUUGAGCGAACGAGCUAUACUGGCUGCAAAAAACAUAGAUGUAAAUGAAUUAAAUUUCAAAAUUCAAGAACAAAUUACAGGCGAAUUGAUGAUAUAUAAAUCAGUUGAUUCGGCUACUAAUCAAGAUGAUGUAGUCAACUAUCCACCGGAAUUUUUAAACUCGCUGGAUUUGCCAGGAUUGCCACCUCACAAUCUUCAAUUAAAGGUUGGAUCGGUGGUUAUAAUGUUGCGAAAUAUCAACCAACCGCGUCUUUGCAACGGUACACGGUUAGCGAUAAAAAAAUUACUAAACAAUGUGAUAGAAGCAACUAUACUCAAAGGAAAGUAUAAAGGAGAAGAUGUUCUCAUACCGCGCAUCCCAAUGAUUCCGACUGAUGUGCCAUUUGAGUUUAAACGACUACAGUUUCCAGUGCGUCUUGCUUUUGCUAUGACUAUAAACAAGUCACAGGGGCAAUCAUUAAGUGUUUGUGGUAUUAAUCUAGAAAACCCAUGUUUCUCACAUGGUCAAUUGUAUGUUGCCUGUUCCCGUGUUGGAAAACCAUCAGAUUUGUUUAUCUAUGCGCCAGGUAAUCAAACAAGAAACAUCGUAUACCACAAAGUACUACAAUGAUAAUAAUAAUAAUUAUGAUUCACAUGAUUAACAAUAA